UGAAUGAUGUCUUUUUCUUCCGUCCAUUCAUUCUUUCUCGCCUUGUCUAUGUUUUCUGUUUACUUGACUUGCCUCGUCGAUGACUUACUUUUCCAAGCCAAACACCAGCACGCUUCCUCGUCAUAAUAAUAAAAACAAAAAAUGGUUCAGAAAACAUGAUCCAAGAGCUCGUAAGCACAUCCAUGGCUUCCUGUAACAUUUUCUUCCUCUUUAUCCUUGUUAGCUUCCUCACUUUUGCAACUGCUCACGCACAGUCCGACUCCGACCCUGUCUAUCUAUUCCACAAUUGCCCUAUGGGCAACACAACAGAUGGCAGCACCUUCCAAUCCAAUCUCAACAUCCUACUCUCCUCCUUAUCAGAUAACGCCCCCGACAACAACGGAUUCUACAACAACACUGUCUCUGGACAAAACCCCUCGGACUCUGUCUUUGGACUUUUCAUGUGCAGGGGUGACGUCCCUUCUCAGCUUUGUCACCAAUGUGUCCAAAAUGCAACCCACCGAUUAUCCUCAGAGUGUUCCUUGGCUAAGCAAGCUGUGAUUUGGUACGAUGAGUGCACCGUUCGUUACUCCAACAACUCAUUCUUCUCCACUUUCUCCACCAGACCUAGAAUUGGCCUGUUGAACACUGCUAAUAUCUCAAACCAGGAAAGUUUCAUGACUUUACUGUUUCAGACCAUGAACAAAACUGCAAAUGAAGCCGCUGCUGCUGUCGGUAACAAGUUUGCAACAAGGCAAGCAUAUAUUUCUGGAUUUCAGAACCUUUAUUGUCUAGCUCAGUGCACUCCGGACUUGUCACUCAGUGACUGUAGAAGGUGUCUGAGUGGAGUGAUAGGGGACCUUCCCUGGUGCUGCCAGGGGAAGCAGGGAGGGAGAGUUCUAUACCCCAGCUGUAAUGUUAGGUAUGAACUUUACCCUUUCUAUCGCUCCAUAGAAGGACCUGAAGAUUCAGGAUUUUCAGAAGAUCCAACUUAUCUAAACCACAAUUGCUCAACUAAUGUAACUGCUGGCAGCACUUUCAAAAUGUAUGUAGAGACCCUCCUCACUUACAUGUCCACCAAUGCCACCGAUGGAAAAAUGUUUUAUAAGGGCAGCGUGGAGAACAUUGUGAAUGGGCUCUUCAUGUGCCAAGGUGGUCUUCCAUCUGGGCUCUGUCAACAAUGCGUCACCAAAGCAACCCUCCGAAUAUCCUCAGCGUGCAAUUCGUUUCAAGAGGGUGUAAUUUGGUACAGCCAUUGCAUGCUUCGCUAUUCCUAUCGCUAUUUCUUCUCCCGAGUACAAAAAAUCCCAACUUUUCAACUGUUGAAAGUCACCAGUGCCUCCAGCUCCGCCCCUGAGCAAGAGUUCUUCGCUUUUACACUAUCAACUAUGUUGGCUAAUCUGGCGAAGGAGACACAGGAUAGUGAUGAGAGAUAUCUGACUAAAUCAUCGAAAUUGAAUGCUUUACAAACGCUUUAUGCGUUAAGCCAAUGUACGCAGGAUUUAUCUAGUGAUGAUUGUAGGGGCUGUUUGGAAGAUAUAAAUGGAAAUAUCCCUUGGUCUCUCUUGGGAAGCGUGGGGGGAAGAGUUUUGAAUCCCAGUUGCAGUCUCAGGUUUGAAUUGUUCCAAUUUUACGGCUUUGGUGACCAACCUCAACGGCCAAAAUCAGGUGAUCCUUCUCCAUCUCCCCACAAAGGAAAAAGAAAAGUAUCAUUAUUGCUAACAAUGAUCUUGAUUAUUGUACCCACAAUUGUUUCAGUGAUACUCUUCUUUUUGGUCUACUAUUUGAUAAAGAGUAAAGUAAGAAAAAGUGCUAAGACUAUUCUAAAAGAAAAUUUUGGUAAUGAAAGUGUCACUUUAGAGCCAUUGCAAUUCAGUUUGACGGUAAUUGAAGUUGCAACCAACAACUUCUCAAAGGAGAAUAGGAUUGGAAAAGGUGGAUUUGGAGAAGUUUAUAAGGGUAUUCUCCUUGAUGGACGACAAAUCGCAGUAAAGAAACUGUCAAAAAGUUCUAAGCAAGGUGCAAAUGAGUUCAAGAAUGAAGUUUUAUUGAUAGCCAAACUUCAACAUAGAAAUCUUGUGACAUUUAUUGGUUUUUGUCUUGAAGAUCAAAACAAAAUUCUAAUAUAUGAAUAUGUGCUGAACAAGAGUCUCGACUAUUUUUUAUUUGAUUCUCAACAAGCAAAUUUGUUAGGAUGGUCUGAUCGUUAUAACAUUAUUGGAGGGAUUGCUCGCGGAAUUCUUUAUUUACAUGAAUAUUCUCGACUCAAAGUCAUACAUGGUGAUCUUAAACCUAGUAAUAUCUUAUUAGAUGAAAAUAUGAUUCCAAAAAUUUCAGAUUUUGGUUUGGCUAGAAUUAUUGAAAUACAUGAAGACCAAGCGAGUACAAAUAGAAUUGUUGGAACAUAUGGUUACAUGUCUCCAGAAUAUGCGAUGCUCGGACAUUUUUCAGAAAAAUCAGAUGUUUUUAGUUUUGGUGUCAUGGUUUUAGAAAUUAUCACUGGAAAAAGGAAUGCAAAUUCUUAUGAUCAACCAUAUGGUGUUGGUGAUGGCCUGUCAAGUUAUGUUUGGAGACAAUGGAGGAGUGAUAGCUUGUGUAUAUUAGACCCUAGUAUUAAAGAAAAAUAUUGUGAAGAAGAAGUUAUUAAAUGCACUCAAAUUGGUUUAUUAUGUGUUCAACAAAAUCCUGAUGCAAGACCAACAAUGAUGGAAGUUGUUUCAUAUUUUAGCAAUCAUUCGAUUGAAUUGCCAGAUCCAGAAGAACCUGCAUUCUUCUUGCAUGGUAGAAUGGAUUCAAGACCAGUUCCACAUUCCAAACAACAUACCAAUGGCCACACCCCAUUUUCCAUUAAUGAAAUGCCAACGAGUCAAUUUCUUCCUCGAUAGUGAAUUUUUUUCUUAAAUUUCAAGUGUCUAUAGAAUUGGUAAUUAGUAACAUGUAAUGGUCUUAAGACGUUUAAAUCCAUACGAAUUGAUGUUAAUUUUUUUCGAAGAAAUACUCAAUUUAGAAAGAAA